GUCACACUUGACGGCAGAGUGUGUUGCUUGCUAGGCGGCGCCAGACAUCUGUGAGAAGGAAAUGCGCAUUGGACUGCCCAGUGCAGAGACACUGCAAGGUGGAUCCUUAAGAGCUUUUAUUUUGACGGUGCUCCUGAGUGUGUUUAUGUUCCAGCUGCUGAGGACUGUUGGACUGAGGGCGUUCUCCAUGGCAUCUGAGACGUACACGUCGGGCACCCACUCUGCCGCUUUUGUCACCUGUCCAAACGACAGUGUAGCUAAAGACUUGGCCAGGGGUAUUGUGGAAAGGAAGCUAGCUGCUUGUGUCAACAUUGUCCCAGCAAUAAAAUCUGUAUAUGAAUGGCAGGGGAAGAUUGAGGAGGACAAUGAAGUGCUGCUGAUGAUUAAAACAAGAAGUUCCAAGGUGCCUGCUCUUGCUGAAUAUGUCCGCUCUAACCAUCCAUAUGAGGUGGCCGAGGUCAUCAGCCUGCCCAUUGACCAGGGCAACCCGCCCUACCUCAAGUGGAUAGGAGAAGUCGUACCUGAAUAAGGGUGGGCUUAUGGAAGAGGGGAAGAGUUAAUGGAUGGAUCGGUGUGAAAAACGAAAUCUGAAAUAAUGUGAAAUUUCCAUCUUUUCAAACACACAUGCAGAGCUUCAACAAGUUACACACACUAUGAACUCUACCAUCCAAAUCUGUAAUGUUAUUGUUAACAGCAUAAGACAAAGGUAAUACAAAGUGCUUAUCAGAUUUUUUUUAGUAACACAUUGGGUGUUUUGAAAUUAAUAAAACUCAUUUUCUAAAAUUUUUCCUAUUUUGCUUUGUUCAAUAAUGAUUAGAGGUUUGACAGUGGAUUGUUUUUUUUUCCUAUAGUGUCUUUACCUCCAGAGGGCAGUCUUGGUCUCUAGUGUUCAGAGUUAACCAGAUGCAGAACAAAGUGUGUUCUGCUUGUUUGAACCUUCCACUAAAAAGUUUAAAGUGAACAGCAACAACAACAUUGGUCA